CCGCACUCGGCUGUGACUUCACGAACAUGUAAAUACGCGCUCGCGCGCGCGCGUUCACGUAUCGGCUCUCGGCUUCCUCGAGUUUCACGCUCUACUGCCGCGUCGCGGCAGCCGACAGGUCGCGCGGAUUCUACUCGGCGUUUCGGCGGUGUCCGCGAACGAUGUCGGAGGUGCGCAAGAGAACGACCGUCGGCGACGCGGCGUCGUCCGCAGCGGCACGGGACGUCAGCGACGAUCAGAAGGAAGAUGUUGAAUCUGAAGAUGAUGCGAAAUUGGAGGUAGAGGAUUUAGCAAAGACUCUACCUCAAGGAACUGACCAUACCCCACAUAUUUUAAGUUCCAUUCUUUCCGGUCUUCCAGAUCGUUGGCGAAAUUGGAUAAUAAGAACUAUUUUUACUUGGUUCAUGAUAGCCGGAUUUUGUCUCAUUAUUUAUGGAGGUCCAUUAGCGUUGAUGAUUACGACGUUGAUUGUACAAGUGAAAUGCUUCGAAGAAAUCAUUAAUAUUGGAUACGCUGUAUACAGGAUCCAUGGUCUACCAUGGUUCAGAUCUUUAUCUUGGUAUUUUUUGAUAACUUCAAAUUACUUUUUCUAUGGAGAAAACUUAAUGGACUAUUUUGCAGUGGUGAUCAAUCGAACAGGAUAUCUACGUGUGCUUGUUACAUACCAUCGAUUUAUCUCAUUCUGUCUUUAUAUUGUUGGCUUCGUAUGGUUUGUACUUUCACUCGUGAAAAAAUAUUAUAUGAAACAAUUCUCCCUAUUUGCUUGGACACAUGUUGCAUUACUUAUUGUUGUGACACAGAGCUAUCUUAUCAUCCAGAAUAUAUUCGAAGGAUUGAUAUGGUUCAUUGUACCUGUUAGUAUGAUUGUCAUAAACGAUGUGAUGGCAUAUAUGUUUGGCUUCUUCUUUGGACGAACACCAUUAAUAAAAUUAUCCCCGAAGAAGACUUGGGAGGGUUUUAUUGGUGGUGGUAUUUCAACGGUUAUACUUGGAUUAAUGAUGUCCUACGUUAUGUGUCAGUACCGUUAUUUCGUCUGUCCUAUCGAGUACAGCGAAACUCUGGGAAGAAUGACUAUGGAUUGCGAACCGUCGAGCUUAUUCCAGCCACAAGAGUAUACAUUGCCAAGCAGUCUUCAAGUGAUAUCAAGAAUGUUAAAUGGAAAGUCUACCUUGACAUUGUAUCCGUUUGUUCUACAUUCGUUGUCGCUGUCAACAUUCAGCUCUGUAAUUGGUCCGUUUGGAGGAUUCUUUGCUAGCGGAUUCAAACGAGCGUUCAAAAUUAAGGAUUUUGGUGAUGUAAUUCCCGGUCAUGGUGGAAUAAUGGAUAGAUUUGAUUGUCAAUAUUUAAUGGCAACAUUCGUGAAUGUCUAUAUUUCUUCAUUUAUUCAUACUGCAUCGCCUCAAAAACUAUUACAGCAGGUUUACAGCCUGAAGCCAGAACAACAGAUGCAACUUUUCCAAACGCUAAGAGAUUCGUUGGAAAAUAGGGGUAUGCUAAAUUAAUAUUUAAAUAGUAAAAUUAAUAUUUUUUUAAUUUGAAAAUAUUUAAUGGCAUAACUGCUGCAGGGAUUAUUUUUAAUCUGGGAAAUAUUAGAAAAGAUUUCUCGUAGUCUUUUUUAAUGUUUCAGCAGACAUACACAGAUGACAAUGCAAUCAGUAUCAAAUAAUUAUAAUAAUUUGUUAAUUCAUGACGAGGAAGUUUAUUUUAUAAUUUGUAGACUAUAAGGGUCAUAUCAUAAAGUGAUGGGACUGUCUAAUUGAAAAUCGACGUGGCCAGAGAUGAGAUAUUUUUUCCUAAUCUCAUUUUUUAUUUCUUAUGUAUACUUUCUUUUUUAUUAAAAAUAAGGUGAAUUUUGAUAUUAGAAAGAGUCUUCUUUAAUAAACUCGGUUUUUUAAGGAUUCUUCACGGAUUUCGUAUUAUUAAGAACUCGUAUAUUUAUACACCAGAAUUAUGAUGCACAAGUCAUGAACAUCAAAGUAAAAAUUGCAAUAUGCCACUGUGAUUAACUCUGGUCUAAAAUAAUCAGUUGGAUAGAUCUAUCAUAAUUUUAACUAUUUUCGUGCAUUCCACGUUAGAUAGUCUAAUUUCUAUCGAAUGCGAUAGUUUAUAUUAAACUACAGAGCAUCGUUGGAGAUAUGAGAUAUUUUUGUCUAAAAAAAUUAACCAAAGAAAACCGCAGUAUAAAGAUCCUGUGUUAUACAUAGCAGCAUUUAUGCGAAAUUUUCUCCAUUUUCUAAAAUACUUGUUUAUCGUUUUUGAUUAGGUAUUACAAAAUACCGACUAAGAGAACGAAAUACUAUUUUUAUGUAAUAUAUUCUAUUUAAACGAGAUACUUUUACUUAUAAUAAGCAGAUCUCAGUAGUUUCUAUUUGUAAUUGCAUUGUUAUAAUUGCAUUUAAAUCCGAUACAAUAGAAACGAAUCUCGUUUGUACAUAUGCGUUAUAUAUACGUUUGUUCUUUUACGAAUUGAUGUAAAAAUGUUAAUGAUUCUAUGAAUAAUCUUCAUUUCAAGGCGUUCUUUUUGUAAAAUUUUGUUUUUGUUAAAAUUGUAAUGUUUAUUGCUAUGUAUAAGGGAAAAUACCUUGUCGUAAAUGUAUGUUACGUAUACAUAGUUAAUGUUGUUGGGUAAACGGUUCUAUUUAGGAGUUUAGCAUUAUGCUUUCUUCUUUUUUGUAUCGCAUAUAUCAUAUUUGUUUAGCAGCAGUAAAACAAAAGAGUAGUCAUUAUCUCUAAACUAUAUUCUAAUAAAGUUAUUUGUGUGUCUAUUUUAUACAUACAAUUAUUAUUAUUUUUAUUUAUCAUUGUAGUAUAUGCGAAAACCUAAAAAUUUGAGUGGAAGAUGUUCAAUAACGAUGGAUGAGUCUUCUUUUGAAAAUUUUCAACAAUUGUACGUUUGAAAAUUAUGUUUAAUCACACGAUUCAAAUUACUUCCGAUUAAAAUAACAGAAAUUUUGAAAAAUUCUGAAAGUUUUGGAAAGAAAAAAUCCUCGAAAUAUUUAAAUAUUUGAAACGUUGAAAAUUCUUACGAACUAAAUUGUUAUCUGUGUAUAAAAUAGGAAGUAAAUGAAAAUAAUAAUCUAAAAUGUAAAGAAGAAAUAUAUUUUCAAGAUACUCAUGGCUUUUAAAAAUCAUUUGAUUUUGUACGGUAUCUGAAAUAAUUCAAGCCUUGUAUAUUGCAAGUGUUCCGAGUUUAAACUAUAAAGUAUUGGAUAUUGCAUUUAAGUAAAGAUCUCAAAAUUUUUCUGCCGUCUAAAUGUAUAUAUUCACAAAUUUCAUGCAACACAAUGCAAAAUGUCUUGCCAGUUUAUGAAAAUAUUUGUAAGAAGCUGCUUAAUAUUCGUAAAUUGUAUGAAUCAUUUAGUCACUGUUACCGUGAUUGUAGUACUUACGUUGCACCCAUAAUGCUAAACUUCACAAUCUUGCGAUUUAUAUAUAGCACACAGUGAGAAAGAUUAUAUUAUAGAAAUAAUUAUUCAGGCAAAAUCAAUUUCUAUUUAUUAAUCGCCAUUUCUAUCAAUUGGGAAAUAGGACAAGUGAAUUAAUAAAUGGAAAUAAAUCUGUCUACCAUGUUUGUAUGCGUAUAGCAAAUAAUUCUAUGGUGUACCAUUUAAUUGAAGGAAACGUGUGGUCAGAUUACCAUGAUUAUCUGAUUUGUUUUACCAUAAGAUACGUGGCAACAUCUAAAUUGACACUGAUGAGAAAUUAUUAACGAUAAGAAUUCGUCUAAAUAACAGAUGUUAGUUAAAAUUAUUUUACUGUACUCCCCGAUUAGUUUCAAUACGAUGUCGAUAAUUGUGCCAAUCAUGCUUGACAAAUAUAGAUAUUACGUGUAUUCUAAAUCACAUGCACCUAAUUGAUGUGGCACAAUCAAAAGUAGUUCUCUGUGAUUAGAUUAAUGUAAAAUUAUGUAUAGUAUAAAUUGUGCAUUAUAUAUUGCU